CCCCAACCACUUUGGCAAGGCUUUAUAAUAGUAGAGAUUAAGACAAACAUCAGGACUGAAGAAAAAUCGGAGGGAGUUGACCACCUGAUCGCUCCCCCAAAAUCUGUGGCGCGCGUAUUUGGAGUGGAACCCACCUUCUCUCCUGCCACUCUCUCUCACUCUCUCUCUCUUCCUUCGCACAUUCGCAAUCGCCCUUUGAAGCUGGUGACCAGUUCAGGGAUGCUAGGAAAAUCUUUAGCUUCUCCAUUGCUAACUCAUGAUUGUGCAACACGCUUUUGCUUUUCCACUCCUGAUGUUAUAAAUGCUGCACCAAAUAUCAGAUUGCCAAAUGUUUCACAAAAUCUGAACAAACGGGCAUACUCACCAAGUUUCUCUCCCAAAAAAUGGGUGUUACAUUCAACUGCAGAAAUUGAAAAUACAGCUUUGACUGAUGAAGAGAGGAAGACAUGGGAAGCAUGCCAGGAAGCUAUAUCUGCAUUUAGUAUCACUAUUGAAGAGGGAGACAAGAUACUUGGAAAAGCAUUUGGCCUGGUUCAUUCACCUUACUGGGGUGAAAUACGGAAAAAGGAGGUACCAACUAUUGAGAUUGUAAAAGAAAAACUGGACUACCUUCGGAGCUUAAGCCUCUCUGACGAUGACCUAUGUAAGGUGCUCAAAAAAUUUCCGGAGGUUCUUGGAUGUAAUCUUGAACAUGAGUUGAAAACCAAUGUGCAGGUCUUGGAGAAGGAAUGGGGUAUAAAAGGGAAAUCUCUGCGUAACCUCCUCCUUCGAAAUCCAAGAGUAUUGGGUUUCAAUGUUGAUUGCAAGGGAGAUUGUAUGGCACAAUGCACACGAUGCUGGGUCCGGUUUUAGAAUUUAUUUUUUGACUACUCACUGUAAAUCUA